CCCCUGAAGCUCACACCCGAUGACAAUACAAGGCGCCUGGGUACUGACCUACAGUCUAUCGGAAGGGCCAGGCAGUCUAGUACUAAAAGACAGCUUCGUAUCAACAUGAGUAUUGGAACUUUUGUGAGUAUCGGGACAGCUCGGCCCAAGCCACAGCCAACUGGGUCUCGGUUCUCCCAAGUUAUUAGAGGUGGUAUAAAUCGUCUCGGGGAUCCAGGGCGUCAUCGCCGCAGUUGUGCAACACCAGCUAGCCAGACAGUUAUCCUUCAUGCCUACCUACUUGAUACAUAUUACCUCAGCCGAGGCAUAAUUACCAAUCCAUCUACUAGAUGUCAAACACCCCCCACCAAUGGCGAGGGCACGACGCACCCUUCGAACGAGGAUAGGCUCGUGGUUGCGGCGAUGUUUUAUCUGGGCAGUCUUGCCGUGGUGGUGCUCUUUCUGGGCGUAUAGGUCUGUGGAUUUGGAUGAGCCAUGACCGGGCUGCUUAGAGUGGUAGAGGGUGUGAGGUUGAGCCU